AGUUUUGUUCACAUGAUCCAAAGCCAAAAAGGUAAAACAAAAGUCACUCAUCACAUGACCGUUUUAACCAAACGUUACUAGAUUGGAAUCCAUUUUUAUAUCUCAAAUUUGCAAACUUCAAAAAAAAAGUUCGAGAUUUCUCUGAAAAGUUUUGAUUGCGUCAUAUUCCUUUUUAGAAAUACCACUGAUUUAGAAUUUCAGUUCGCAAAAAAUAUCAAAAUCUUUCCUUGUUUAGCUUCUCACAUUAGAUUUUAAUUCUGGUACGAGAGAGACAGAAGCCAAAAUCAAAAAAGAAAAAAAAGGAGAGAUUUUUAUUUUGGCGAUGCCUCCGACAAAUAAUAACCGAAUCUCCGGCGAGCCACCACCGUCUACCUCGGCGUAUCCACCACCGCCAAAGCCGAAAACAAGGAUUCUCUCUAUAUUUCUCGUAGGUGUUAUCAUGAUGUUAAUCUUCUCUCUUUUCCUCCUCCUUAUCGGCAUCGCCUCUGUUCUUCUCCUCCCUCUCCUCCUCUCUUCUCUCCAUCGCCACCUACGACGCCGUCGCCGUAAUCGCCGACACGAAUCCUCAGAUGGGUUUUCUUCGAGAGUCGUGAAAAAGCUUCCUCAAUUCAAAUUCUCCGAACCCACCACAAGCGAUUGCGUGGUUUGUCUUGAUGGAUUCAGACAGGGACAGUGGUGUCGGAAUCUUCCCGGUUGCGGACACGUGUUCCAUCGGAAGUGUGUGGACAGUUGGUUGCUCAAAGCCGCGACUUGCCCGAUUUGCAGAGCUAGGGUUAGAUUUAGGGAGGAAGAUGCAGAACAUAUGGAGAAUUUUGGAGAUGUUUUGAUCAUAGGACAAGUAGUUUGCUAGAUU